AUGGGAAUAGGUACAGGCGGUACCGAUUCUGUUAUACGUGCCGAAGACUUGUUGCAGACGAUUGGAUGGGCUGGCAACGAAAGAAUUCCCCUUGCUAUUGCGGGUUUCCAAGCCGCCAACAACACGAGAAGUCGCGCGAUCAUUGGACUUACCGAUGCCUUUACGAGAAAUGUGAUUUUAGGGAAAGAGGCGGACAAAAGAGAAAGAAUAUGCGUUGUUGAUAAGGUCGGCUUGCGUCUUGACACAGAUGUGGAUAGGAAGCGGAUGGUUAAUGGGGUUGUGAUUCGAUGA